UUUUCAGAAAGUUUUUAUAAAUAACGUGAUUGCAUAGUAGGCAGACCAAAUCAAAUGAGUCCAGCAAAUGUAUCAAAGCCAGACCUUAGCAUCGAUGAGGAAGACGAGAUAUUGGCACUGGAAAAACUGCUGGGCGAGGCGGAAAACGAUAAUGCAGAGACAGCACCAACACCAGCAGCAAAAUCGGUAGCUGCCGCACCACGGCUGCGGGAAGACAGCAGUUUCGCCAAUGCGUUCAGCUUUGAGAAGACCGUGAAGCCCGCCGCAAAAUCAACGGCAGAUGACAAGGCCACGCCCAAAGAGCCGGAGCUCGAUUCAUCCGAUGACGAGGAAGUGAAGAACUUCUUAGAAAGGAAGUACAACGAAUAUGGCACUGAUAUCAACAAGACGCUCAAACAGCAGCGGGAAAGCGCCCACGAGUCGAAGGUGGCGCGGGAGGUGGAUCAAGACAUCAAGACCACCAAGUUUAUUAGCUCAACGCCGCAGCCGCUCAAGAAUCCACACAAUCCCAUAAAGCGGCAGGGCCCGGCGAGCAGUACAUUUCAAAGGCCAGUGUCAGCAGCCGCCUCCAAUCCCUCCACUCCACAGCAACCAGUCUCGGCGGUCUAUACGGAUCCCGUGUUCGGAUUGCGGAUGAUCAAUCCGCUGAUCUCCAGCACAUUGCUGCAGGAGCGCAUGGGGGGACGUAAGGCUGUGCCAUUCUCGGGCGUGGCAUAUCACAUAGAGCAGGGCGAUCUGGCCAAGGAUUGGGUCUUGGCUGGCGCCUUGGUCUCGAAGCAGCCUGUGAAGAACACGAAGAAAGGUGAUCCAUACUCCACUUGGAAGCUGUCGGACCUGCGCGGCGAGGUCAAGACGGUUUCCAUAUUUCUCUUCAAGGAGGCCCACAAGACGCUGUGGAAAACUGCCGAGGGCAUGUGCCUGGCUGUGCUCAAUCCAACCAUAUUUGAAAGGCGGGCAGGCAGUAGCGAUGUGGCCUGCCUCUCCAUCGACUCGUCGCACAAGGUUAUGAUCCUUGGUCAGUCCAAGGAUCUGGGCACCUGUCGGGCAAACAAGAAGAACGGAGACAAGUGCACAGCCAUUGUCAAUCUGUCCGAAUGCGAUUAUUGUGUGUUCCACGUGAAGGCUGAAUAUGGAAAGAUGUCCAGGCGCUCGGAAUUGCAAUCGGCCACCGCGGGACGUGGUCUAAACGAGCUGCGCAACAAAGUGCUGGGCAAAACGGAGGUCUUCUAUGGAGGACAAUCGUUCACGGCCGUUCCGGCCAAGAAAAGCUCAAAGCUUAUCGCUAAGGAACGCGAUCGUCUGAGCAAGCUGGCUGGCUAUGAUGUUUCGCCUUUUGCCCACACCGUUGACCAUGUCGCGAAGCCUCGGACCGACACACCACAGAAUGUGCCGUACGCAGAACGAGGUGGUCCCGUAUCCAGGAUGGCCGGGGGUGUUGAGGCUUCUUCAAAGCAAAGGCUUCAAGAUCUCGAGCGAGUGCGUCUGUUGAAAGCUGAAAACGAUCGAUUCGAGAAGGAGUCCAAAGGCAAUGUCCUCGGUGGAGUCGCCCCGGGCACACCCACAGCUAAAGCUACACCAACCCCCGGGACACCAACUACCCCCAGCAGCGUGCCGGACAAGUUCAAGAAUCGCGGAUUCUCCUUUGAUGCCAACUUGACGCCCAAACUUUCUGGCAGCGAGAAUUUCAGCCUUGAGGUCAACAUCGGUGCUCGACAAGCGGCGAGCGCAAAGCUGAGAGCGGCUGCCCUGCUGAAAAAGAAGCCGCUGGAGAAAGUCAAUCCAAACUCCACUCGCGGCUCAGAGACGGGCAAGCGGCGAGCCAUCGAUGACCUAAACGAAAAGUUUUCCACCAGCGCCAAGAGGCAAAAGAUCGACGAGGACGAGCGCGAGCUGAUGCGCAAGUCGCGUAUCGAGCGGAUAAUGGCGGCCACGUCGUCGCAUACGAAUCUGGUGGAGAUGCGUGAGCGCGAGGCCCAGGAGGAAUACUUCAACAAGCUCGAACGCAAGGAGGCCAUGGAAGAGAAAAUGCUAGGUACCUUCAAAAUGCCCUGCAAGGCGGUCAUCUGCCAGCAGUGCAAGUACACCGCCUUCUCGGCGGCCGAUCGCUGUAAGCAGGAGAGGCAUCCCCUGAAGGUAGUCGAUGCCGAGAAGCGAUUCUUUCAAUGUAAGGAUUGCGGCAAUCGCACCACCACCGUCUUUAAGUUGCCUAAGCAGAGCUGCAAAAGCUGCAAGGGUUCGCGCUGGGAGCGGGCGGCAAUGAUACGGGAGAAGAAGGUCUGCACUGGCCGGGAGUCCCUCUCGGUGCGUGGCGACGAGGAGACCUUCCUUGGCAGCGUAGCCAGCAGCGCCAGUCUCAAUCUCCUGGUACCCGCGGAGGAGUGAUAAAUAUUAUGUGAGUUUUGCGCAUACGAUUUAGUUGUUUUAUUUGGAAGUUUUACAUAAAUAUUAGAUUAGAUUUUAUGCAAUACGUACAAUUAUUUACAGUCCCUUAAAUGAUUCGUAGAUAAAUAAGUACAAAGGUUUCAAUAGCUAAAUAUUUAAAUGCGAAUGUGUGAGAUUGUUUGGUGGUUUUGGUGCUGGAAUAUUUGGGCAUUCUCUAGCAGUACCAAGCGUACCCUUAAUUGGAAUAAAUUGUAUGGUUCUAUGAUGGUUAAUGACCUAAAUGAAUAUAAUAAUUUUUUAAACAUGUGUUAUGACACGAUUGCUAAGACCCCCCCAUUCAUAAGCUGAGCUUAAGCUUCAAUAAGGGAACUCUUUGAAUAACUUGACCAUGAAAAUGGAUCAAAUGUAAAUUAAUAUUUUAAAGCAGCGAUGGAGCACACUUUUUAAAUCUGGGAGCAAUCUAGCACAAACAGCAAAAAUUCUCUUAAGCACACAGUUUGUACAUAUUUUGUUUUUGGAUUCUCGGUCUCAGUUUCGUUAGCGCACAUGCAUGUAUUUUGUUUUUGCAUUCUCAAGCAUUCCCUUGCAUUCUUCCUUAUUUGUUUGAGCUCUCGAAGAAUAGACGUGACGUGACCACAGCUGCUUUAAGGACAUUUUAUAUGAAGAAAAUUCUUUCUCUUAUGUUUGGAAUACAAAUUCCGUUUGAAGA